AUCGAUUUCUCAUAUUUUUGUGUAUUUUAUGGUGUUUCCUGUUUCUAUUUUCUGUUCUUUUACUAUUUGGUGUUUUUGAUAUUAUCGAUUGUGUUUUGUACUUCCAUUAAAUAUUUUUUAGACUGAUUUUGUGCUGAGCCAUUGCUCUAUACGAAACAACCUCUCUACCUCACCUCUAAUGUAGAAGGUAGAGAUACGGUUUGUGUAUACCCUACGCGCCACAUACUUUAGUGGAACUGCACCGGCAAAGAUAUGGGUCGUGGAGUAAGCAGUGGAGGAGGACAGAGUUCAUUAGGAUACUUAUUUGGGGAUGGUGAGGCCCCAAUACCAACCAAAACAAAUCCCCAGGCUGUUCAAAGUGAAGCUCAGCCAAUAAAUAAGGAGCCAUCUUCAAAACCUGUUGUUGCUGCUCCUCCUGCUGAUGCUACUAAGCAGAUUCCAGCAGGUAUUCAGAGUAUCAGGGCUGAUGGUCAAAACACCGGCAACUUUAUCACGAGGUCUGUGUGGAUCUUAUGUCGCAGCUAUUUGCAAUGGUUUCACUCAAUGUGUUUUGGGUUAUCAUACAUUGAUAAGGUGCAGCAAACUCCUUUGACAUAUCUCUCAUGUUGCGACUUCUUAAGGAAUUAUCGAGGAUACAAGUUCUUUGGACCGGCCAUCUACCAAAGUCCAUGCAGCUCCUGGUGGUGGAUCUUCUCUGGGGUAUCUCUUUGGUGGUGGCAGCAGCUGAUAAAGAACUUGGAAUCACCUAUUGUUGUUUUAUUAUUUCUUAUACCUCACCUCGUCUUUUAACUAUCUUGUCAAUGUAAUUGUGAGUAUUGCAGAAUGUCGUGUUGUUUUAUGUUUCCUACCUGAUGGGUGAGUUUUUAGAGCCAAAGGAUAAGUGGUUCAGUUGCACAGCCUUCUGUCCAUAAUCGCAGUUGACCGCCAUGAUAUUCCAAAUUACUCUCCUUGUUAUAUGUGGCUUUCAAUUUCUUGUUGCCUAAAUACAGUACUCUAAUUAUACUAUGGUUCGAUGGGAAGUGAAUAAAAAUAUACUUUUUAAGUUUACAAAA